UUUCUGCUUUUGCUUGAUUACCUUAAAUCAAAAGAGAGCUGUUCCAGUCUUCCACGGCGAGGCAUUUCCCCGUCAGACUUCUGGAGAGUCUUUUCUCUCCCUUUCUCUCUCCCCAGGUUUCAGGACCUUCUUCCUUGCCUGGACAUGGGACUCUUCAUUCUGCUAGCCUUCACCUUCUGCUGCUGCCAUGCCAGCCCUCUCCAAGGCCAGAAUGUAGACUGCGAUGAUCCUGGUGUCUUUAAUGCAGUGGAUCUAGCGCUGAGGGAAUUGAAUCGAGGCAUAGCUAAUGGCAACAAAUAUGCGCUCAGUAUGAUCCUUGAUGCCAGGAAAACACCAGGCCCUGGCCAAAAUUACCUUGUGACAUAUCAGCUAAAGAAAACCUCUUGCGUUGCUGGAGAUGCGACUCCCUGGCAAAACUGCGAGUUCAUGCUAUCAUCGGAGGGAGACUCCGGCGAGUGUAAAGCUGAAGUUCACAUCGACGACUCUGCCAAAAGUUCCAACGUUUUUCAGAAAUGCACUAACAUUACUGCCCCAGAGAAGGUGAACAGGACACAUGCCGGAUGCCUAGGUUGCUGGCAAACCAUAUCCACCAAGGUUUUGGAGCUGCUGCCCAUUGUGAGAUACGCCAUACAGCUACAUAACAACCAGAGCAACAUGCCAAACCUUUUCAAAGCUGGAGAGAUAGUGAAAGCCCAGCGUCAGGUGGUGGCUGGAUGGAAGUAUAAUUUCGAGUAUUUGGCCAGAGAGACAAAUUGUUCCAAGGCUGAAUUUACAGAUUUGACUUCAGAAUGCGAAGCUCUUCCUCAAGGCCACAUAGCUAGUUGUGUAGUUGAUGCCUUUGUGGACUGGAAAGGGAAGCUUGUGCAUGCUGAUCAGAAGUGCAUCCUUCGAGAAAAGAAAACCUUUUCUGGUGCUGUUUGUCCUGGUUGCCCUCAACGUAUUCCAACAGACAGCCCACAACUGAAGGAGCCACUGGCAGCUGCCCUGGAGAAAUACAACUUGCGAUGUGGUGGUGAUUUCUAUUACAAAAUUGAAAACGUUACAGAAGCUUCAAGCCAGGUUGUGGCUGGAAUAAUAUACCGAGUUCACUUUCAAAUUAAGGAGACAAAUUGCUCUAAGCACAUUGUCCCGAAAUUGAUUGAUGAUUGUCAGACUACAGAAGACAGUAGACGGUUGCACUGCUAUGCAUCUAUUUACGAGAGACCAUGGACGUCAGAAAUCCAACCCAAAUUGAAAUGUGGUGAGCAACCUCAGGAGGAAACAGAGGGAAACCAGCCCUUGAGGAAACCAGGCAUGCAGCUUAUGAGGAGGCCUCCAGGUUACACCCCAUUCCGAAGUGCUGGUCUAGCCCUCAUCACAGAAACAAACAGAGGUGAACCGAGUGGGGCUUGUAUCCUAGACUUUGGCAGCAAACAUGGACACAGCCACAAACAUGGACACAGCCACAAACAUAGCCUUAAAAAGCCAAAAAGCAAGCCGAAAAACAACUCUUCUGAAGAAUCUGAUGAAGACAAAACUACACUUAUACCAGCUGCUGAAAUGCAAGAAGAGCUACCUACUUUAGACGUGCUUCAACAAGAGGAAGUUGAGACACCACAAGACAGCAAUGGCGCUCCACCUUCUUUGUUCGAACCUUUACCAGAUCUGCCAGAACCACCAGCUCCUAAGUGUCCAGGGAAAUUGUGGAAACCUAUUAUAGCCCUUCAAGAUCCUAGUUAUGGCUUCCCAUUUUUUUUUCCUCCCUAUGACUUCGAUGAACCAAUCAUAAGAACGCCAGAUCCCAAACAGCCAAUGUCCCCCGAUUUAGAUCUUGCAGAUGCUCUGUAACCAGUUUAUUUCUUCAGGAAGUCAUGAAAUCCCACAGCAGUUGAAGUGGAAAAUUGACUGGGAUUUUAAGGCUGCAUGCAAACAUAACAAUGAAACAGGAGUUGCGGCAAAUUGUUUUCCCACAUGGCAAACCUGGCUUCCCCCUUUUGCAAUGCAAUUGGCAGGUGUACAACCCCGAAAUUUAAAUGUUGAGUCGGCAACCUUGCCUCUCACAUGCUUUUUUACUUUUGUUUUUAGAAUUAUUUAGUUCAGCAUUUGUCCUCUUCCUCCUUUUCUUACACUGGGACCAUAGCUGCCAAGUCUCCCGUUUUCCCCGGGAAAUCCCCGUUUUUCCAGCUGUUCCUAGCUGAAAAAAAUGGAUUUUUUUUCCCCUGUUUAUUCUGGCGUGGUGGCCAUUUUGGAACUGGGCGGAGCAUGCUCAGAAGCGACUUUUGAUGCUGCUUUGCCCAGUUCCAAAAUGGCUGCAGUGCGACUUCUGGCGCGGCGGCCAUUUUGGAACUGGGCAAAGCAGCAUCAAAAGUCACUUCUAAGCAUGCUCCGCCCAGUUCCAAAAUGGCGGCAGCGCUACUUCCGGCCUGCUAUUUCCGCCCGGUCCCUUAUUUCUCUGACAGCAACUUGGCAGGUAUGACUGGGACAAAAAAAGCAAAAGCUAAAUUUAAGAGUUACCAAAAUGUUCCAAGGACGUGGGGGGGGGUGGUAGGUUUCAGUAUACAGUAUCACAGGCAACCUGCCAUUCUGCAAUGCAUAGAUGGCUCCUAUAACAAACUCUCAGAACUAGUUGUCUCUGUCCCAAUCCCUGGAAAGAAUCAUUUGUUUGAACAGAAUGUCCUAAUUGCACUUCUGGAGCAGCCUCGCUGCACCAAUAGUGUUAUGUUUGUCUGCAGCCUUGGUUAGCCAGUAAUUUUCUGAAUGAAUUUCAAGUAUGAUCUAGCAUAUUGCACCUGAUUAUUUCCCACUCCCACCCCGACUCAGUUGAAAUCAGUAGAAUGUUCCAGCAUUGAAACAGUAAGGAUGAAAGCAUUGUAGCCUACUUUGUCUGUUACUCUCUAAUGCAAAGUACAUUUGGUGAUUGAGCUGCGCUCUCUUCCUUGGCUAUUGCAAAUAAUAAAGCAAGCAUCGACAAAG